AUGGCUGAGAUUACCAACAAGUUUGACAUGAAGUUAUGGGCAUGUGUCUCUAAUGUAUAUGAUCUUAAGAAGAUCUUGGAUGACAAAAUACAAUCAAGUACAGGUGCAAGCCACAAACAACUAAACCUUGAGGCACUGCAGAGUAGGUUGCGUGGGAUUUUACAUGAAAAGAGAUAUUUUCUUGUGCUAGAUGAUAUGUGGAACGAAGAAGCCAGUGAAUGGGAAGAUUUGAGAAGCCUUCUAUGUAGUGCUGGUAAUGGAAAUGUAAUUAUAGUAAGCACACGUGGUUCAAAUGUUGCAUCAAUGGUGAAGACCUUAGAGCCAUACAAACUAGCAAAGCUACCACAUGAAGAGUGCAUGGAAGUAUUUUUAUGUCGUGCAUUCAAAGGUGACGAAAAAAGGGAUGCUAAGUUGUUAAAAAUUGGACACUCAAUUGUUGAGAAAUGCUAUGGUGUCCCUUUGGCUGCAAAGACAUUGGGUUCCCAACUAUCAAGUCACCGAGCUAUGGAAUUAGGAUUGUUGGAUAGAGGAAAGGAAAACAAGGACCUGAUGACUAUGGGACACGAAUACUUUCAUGAACUUUUAGGAAGAUCACUUUUACAAGAUCAAUUUAUUGUUGUUGACAAUACUAUAAGGCAUUGUAAAAUGCACGAUCUUAUCCAUGAUCUUUCAACUAAAGUGUCCCAAAAGGAACAUGUAGUUGUCAGUUGUGAAAAACUUGAUGUCUCUAAGAGGAUUAGACACCUAGUGUGGGACCACCAAGACUUCUCAAUAGAGAUGAAAUUUCCUAACCAGCUAAAAAGGGCUGGCAGGGUGAGGGCAUUUGUAAGCAGAAACAAUUAUGGCACUGUGAGUAAAGCCUUUCUUGAAGGCCUUUUCUCAACUUUCAAGCACCUUCGUGUCCUAGUUUUUUCUGAAGUUGGAUUUGAAGAGCUACCAAGUUCGAUUGGAAAUUUAAGGCACCUAAGAGAGACUUGGCUGCCUGGCUGCCCUCAAAGAGCUACGCAUCUUCAACUGUCCAAAGUUGGCUUCUCUUCCCUCUGCCAUGAGCCACUCUCCAAACUCUUGGUUAUUAAUAAUUAUGCGGAGCUUGAUCUGAUGGAACCAGAAGAAGCCAUGAGCGGGUUGUGUUGCCUUGGUUCGCUCAAUCUUGUCGCUCUUCCAAAGUUGGUGGGAUUUCCGGAGACCUUUAAAUCUGCUGCAUUCUCUCUUGAAUAUGUUUGCAUUGACUAUUGCAAAGGAUUGGAGAGGCUGCCAACUGUAGUCAAAGACUUUACAUCUCUUAAGAAAAUCAUCAUUCGUAACUCCCCUGCGUUGAGUAGGAGAUGCACGGAAGAGUUGAGAAGCCGACAAGUUCUUGCUGAUCCCGAUUCGUGGCAGGACGCCUUACGCCAGCGAUGCAGGAGCUCUCGGCUAAGAACACACGCUUCCUGUGGUGUCGCUAUUGUGUUUUUACCCACAUGGUUGGUUGGUCCUUACGGGCACCAUGCUUAUAUGUUUGUGGUCUUUCUCGUUUGUGGUCGUGACAAUGGCAGUAGCAGUUCAUCGUCUAAAUAA